AAUUGUAUUAAUACAUGUGUGUUUGUAAAAUAUUUAAUUUUGCCAAUUUAAUGCGGGAUAUUAAUUAAGACUCGAUACAUAAUUGAGACCGUUAUUUUAUAACUACAAUUAACAUUUCUCGCACAGUUCAAAUUAACGGAUCUCUGAUGUGCGCGCGACUUCACGCGCGUAUUAUUCAAACUCGCUCGGGAGAACAUAAACAAUUCGGCGAACAAUCUAACCGCGGUAAUAAUCGUCUUUAGAUCGUCGACAGGGGGUGGUGCGUGUGGACGGACGGAAGACCUCGCGGAGCGACAGCGAGAGCGAUUAUCGGGUAGUGCCGGGAACAAUCGAACGUCGUCGGGACGUCGGCAGGUGCACGACGGGGUUGUUUGCGCGGCGAGGGGACGCGCGGCAGCGGGAGCGGGAGCUUGCGAAGGUGACGUCACGUGGCGGCCGGCGGGCCAAUCCGGGCGGCGCGCUACACUCCUGCCAGCCAGUCAGUUUUCCGGCUGCUAGACCAGGCGGACGCCAUAUUGCCCGUGGCCGAGUGGUGGCGGCGGCCGCCUGUGUGUGUUUAUAUCGCGUCGUUACGCGGUUUCCGCACGUUUUCGCAUCCGUGGACCGUCGUCGCUGGCCGCGGAUUCCCGUCCGCUGGCGUGACGUGACGGGGUGUGCGCGUCCGCGGUACGUGCCGUGCGCGGAAAACGGGUGGCCCCGUGCGGUUAAAUCCCGACAACAAACAGUGCGCGCGGCAUCCGUUCGUCGUGCUUCGCGGAUCCUCUCACGCGGUAGUAUUACGCGGACGUACCUCGGGGCGUACGUACAUCCCGGUCGUACGUGGGAAGUGACAGUCUCGUUGCCGUCUGCGCCGCUCUCUGCGCUGUUCUCGUCGCCGUCUCCCUCUCUCUCUCUCUUUCUCUCUCUCUUUCUCUCGCUCUCUCUUUCUCCUUCUCUCCGUCUCUUUUUCUCUGUCUAUCUAUCUAUCUAUCUCUCUCUCUCUCUCUCUCCGCCGUCGUUCCGUAUUGGACCGUUCCGGAGCAACGACAGCUCCGCGCGCCUGAAGUUGCUGUGUUCUCAUCGCUCGUCUCGUCAACCCCUGCGAGGACCUCCACCGCAGAAGGAUGCCAGUGCGUAAACAAGGUGGUGAGUCUAAUCGUUUUGUCGACUACCAAGAAGUUCCUGUAACUAUGGGCUUUACGCAUCGUCCAGCCCGAAAGAGCACAGAAGCUCACCGAGCUCUUGAGCUCCUCGAGGAUUACCAUGCCAAGCUGACGAGACCGCAAGAUAAGCAGCUGCGAUUAGCCAUUGAGCGCGUCAUACGGAUCUUCAAGAGCAGGCUCUUCCAGGCGCUGCUGGAUGAUAAACAGAAAUUAAAAGAUGAAAUGAAAAAAGUUCGGGCCUCGAUGAAUAGAAAAAUACCAGCAAAAUCAUCACCAAAUGUCGUGAUGAAUACUUCAAAUAGAUCACGAAAAAAUCCAAGGAGGGAUUUGCCAUCAAAUAACUUGAAAAAUAAAAAGAAAGCUAAAAUAGAUCCAGUAAAAAAAAAAAUGGUAAAUCCAAAUACAAAAUUUAACAAACAGUAUUCCAGCGAAUCAGAUCUAAGUAUUGUAAGUGAAGACGAAAUCAACUUUAAGGAUAACCGUCAGGAAGCUACUUUGUCCAGUGCAGAUAAUUGGAGUCCAACAAGUUUGUCAAAUAGCCCACCUAAGAAUUUGUCAAAUAGCUCACUCAAAAAUGUUAUAACUACUCCAUCGGAACAAUCAGAGAAUUCUAUUGUUGAUGAAAUGCCCAAACAAAAAUUGCCGCAGGAAAGACUACCACGUCAAAUAUUAGAGUAUCAUGAAGAAUUAGAAGAUGACGAAUUUGAUAAUCUUGAUGAUGAUGAACAACUUUUUGGGCCAAAUUUUGACGAUUCAAUGGUGCACUUGCAAAACAAUAUUUUCUGCAAAAGAAAGGUCUUACGAUACGCCUUAUCAAGUUCGUCGCAAGCGACCCAUAUUGCGCGCAAACUUCUUGAUGGAGUUUUUAAAAAAGAAGCCCUUCUUAAAUGCACCUUCACUGGUCAACCGGGCCGUGCGCAAAUAAAGUGUCGACAGGAAGUAGUUGAACCUAUGCAUCAACGAGCAAAAAAUGCUAUUAUACAAUACUCAAAAAAAAUUGCUGAAAAAAAGCAUUGGACGGUGAAUUCAACGGAUAAUAUAAAGAAGUCGAUGACUCAGAAAUUAGUUGAGAUAAAAUUACAAGAACGAAAAAAUAGAGCAUAAUUAAUGUUUUUCUCAAUAUAUUUUCUUUUUUUUCUUCUGUGAUUUAAUUAUUAAGUAUUGAAGUCACAUAAAGUACAAAUAUAUUAAGUUCAGAUUAUAUAAAGAAGACUUAUAGUGAUUUGAUUAUAUCUAAUAUGUGGAGAAAAUUUGUUUUUGGGGGUAUAACAGUAAGGACGAACUUUUAUAUAUAUAUUGUUUCAUAUCAUAACUGUUUCAUACCAUUUUCAUACAAUCGAAAGCUACUCGCAAUGAGGCUAAACAACGUUUUUUUUUCAACAUGUAACAGACUGGUACUAUAAGAAUGAUGUAGAUAAUUUUACUUCAUUAUCUCUAUACCUGCCGUACGUAUUUUUAUUCAUAACUUCUACAGUACUUUUUUAUUUUGUGUUACUCUUACUUUCAAAAAAAUAUGAACCAUGAAAGAAGUAUAUAAUGCUUAUAAUUUAUCACAUUUUUUUCGUAUUCAUCCUAAUUUUCAUGAUAGUUGUUAAUGUUAUAAGAAAAAAAUGCUCUUUUUUAAUAAGUAAUAAUAUUAAUCGUAUGUCCGAGCCAAAAAUAUAUGCAAUAUUUUCAAACAAAUUACUUGAAAGAAAAUUUCUAUUUAUUUCAACACUUCUGUCGUUUAUACCGGUAGCAUGUUUCAGACUUUUGGUGUGCAUAUUUUCACUACAAUCAAUCGUAUAAAAUAAUUUUUACCAUUAUAAUUUAUUUCUAAAUAAUAAAACUCGUUUAUCUGGAACAAAAUUUUCCACACAGUUCUCAGUUUAAAAGAUAUUGCAAUAAUAUAAAUUCUAGAAAAAUAGGUAUUAAAAAAACAAUUUGUAUUAA